CGUGGCGUUUGCUGUCGUCUUGGUCCAGCCUUGAGCCUCCAGCCGUUGUGAUCCGCACCAAAGCCAGACUCAGCCCUAGCCCAGUCGACAGCAGCACGUCCUCCCUGUCCGUCAAGUCAAGUUGGACAGAUACAAAAAAAAAAAAACCCCCACAGAUCCAUCAUGAAGGCGGCAACGGCGCUCCUUUUCCUCACCUCGCUCGUGUCGGCGGCGCCGGCCGGCACGUCGGCGGUGACGCCGCUCGAGGGCCGGCAGCUCAAGACGCUGUGCGACCAGUACGGCUACUGGUCCGGCAACGGCUUCGAGGUCAACAACAACGCGUGGGGCAAGGGGUCCGGGUCCGGGUCGCAGUGCACCUACGUCGACACGUCGAGCAACCAGCACGUCACGUGGCGCACCACCUGGCAGUGGUCGGGCGGGCAGAACAACGUCAAGUCGUACCCCUACUCGGGCCGCCAGAUCCAGCGCGGCCGCACCAUCCAGUCCAUCAACAGUAUCCCCUCAAACGUGCAGUGGAACUACAGCAACGGCAACAUCCGCGCAAACGUCGCCUACGACCUCUUCACCAGCACGGACCCAAACCGCGACAACACCCACGGCGACUACGAGCUCAUGGUCUGGCUCGGCCGGUUCGGAGACGUGCAGCCCAUCGGCAGCCAGAUCGGCAACGCCAACGUCGCGGGCCGCAACUGGCAGCUGUGGUCGGGGCUCAACAACGGCAUGCGCGUCUACAGCUUCGUGACCACGCAGGGCUCCAUCACUAGCUUCAACGCCGACCUCAAGCAGUUCUUCAACUACCUGCAGCAGAGCCAGGGCUACCCGGCCGGCCAGCAGUACCUCACCACCCUCCAGUUCGGUUCCGAGCCCUUCACGGGCGGCCCAACCACCUUCCAGGUCAACACCUGGAACGGCAACAUCCAGUAAAGGAAGCAGAGGGCGAGGUUCGGGGGCUUCUCCGUCCAGUCGGGUUGGAAGAGUUUCCUAGGUCAUGCAGCCAUGCACUCGACACGGCCGUUAGGUCAAGAGGGUGUCUUUCAAUGAACAUAUUAGCAUUUUUUCCAUUCUUCUCUGCUUGUUGUUCGAUUCAUUUCGUGUCCAUUUUACCACCUUUUUUUUUCCGCCAUCAUCAAAAAUUUCAAUAUCAAGUAGGGAAGAAUAUCACAAUUCAAACCAACAAGGACGUUUCCCAUUUGUGG